CCAGCUGCUGAGGAAUGAGGAAGAUAAUCCAGAGACGUGGCUCUUCUGCAGAGACUGAGCAAGAUGGUGGAACAGUCAGCAAUCAACACUCUUUCCCCAAGAGAAUCAUCCAUCUAAACAACUACCCACACAAGAAAACACUGCCACAGGAGCUAAAGAAAUCAGGCCAGAGUCCACAAAGAAAAAAGAUUAGAGCAAACCUCGCUGAUUGGUCGCUUACCCCUCAGAGGCACAUGUUGAGUUAGCUAGCAUUAUAAAAGCUCUGGACUGCAAGCUCACAGGUGUCUCCCUAAGAAGAGAAAGCUGCCAUGGAGCCAGUCCUGGUCCUGGUGCUCACUGUCUCCUGUCUGCUUCUCCUCUCACUCUGGAGACAGAGCUCUGAGAGAAGCAAGCUCCCUCCUGGCCCCACUCCUCUUCCAAUUAUUGGAAACAUUCUGCAGAUAGAUGUGAAGGACAUCAGCAAAUCUUUAAACAAAUUCUCAAAAGUCUAUGGCCCUGUGUUCACUCUGUAUUUUGGCAUGAAGCCCUCUGUGGUGUUGCAUGGUUAUGAAGCCAUAAAAGAGGCCCUCGUUGAUCUAGGAGAGGAAUUUUCUGGAAGAGGCAGUUUUCCAGUAUCUGAAAAAGUAAACAAAGGCCUUGGAAUCCUUUUCAGCAAUGGGAUGAAAUGGAAGGAGAUCCGGCGUUUCUCCAUCAUGACCCUGCGGAAUUUUGGGAUGGGGAAGAGGAGCAUUGAGGACCGUGUACAAGAGGAAGCACGGUGCCUUGUGGAGGAACUGAGGAAAACCAAAGGCUCACCCUGUGAUCCCACCUUCAUCCUGGGCUGUGCUCCCUGCAAUGUCAUCUGCUCCAUUAUUUUCCAGAAUCGUUUUGAUUAUAAAGAUCAGGAAUUUCUUAACUUGAUGGAAAAAUUUAAUGAAAACCUCAGACUCUUGAGCACCCCAUGGAUACAGGUCUGCAAUACUUUCCCUGCCAUAAUUGAUUAUUUCCCUGGAAGUCAUAACCAAGUACUUAGAAAUUUUUCCUAUGUAAAAAAUUAUGUUUUGGAGAAAGUAAAAGAACACCAAAAAACACUGGACAUGGACAAUCCUCGGGACUUCAUUGAUUGUUUCUUGAUCAAAAUGGAACAGGAAAAGCACAAUCCAAAGUCUGAGUUUACCAUGGAAAGCUUGGUGGCGACUGUCACUGACAUGUUUGGAGCUGGAACAGAAACAACAAGUACCACUCUGAGGUAUGGACUCCUGCUGCUGCUGAAGUAUGUGGACGUCACAGCCAAAGUCCAGGAAGAGAUCGAAUGUGUGGUUGGCAGGAACAGGAGCCCCUGCAUGCAGGACAGGAGCCACAUGCCCUACACAGAUGCUGUAGUGCAUGAGAUCCAGAGGUACAUUGACCUCAUCCCCAUGAACCUGCCGCAUGCAGUGACCUGUGAUGUUAAAUUCAGAAACUACUUCAUUCCCAAGGGUACCACUGUAAUAACAUCACUGACAUCCAUGCUGCAUGAUGACAAAGAAUUUCCUAAUCCAGAGAAGUUUGACCCUGGCCACUUUCUGGAUGAGAGUGGCAACUUCAAGAAGAGUGACUACUUUGUGCCCUUCUCAACAGGAAAGCGGAUGUGUGCAGGAGAAGGCCUGGCUCGGAUGGAGCUGUUUUUGUUCUUCACCACCAUUUUACAGAACUUUAACCUGAAGCCUCUGGUUGAUGUAAAGGACAUUGAUACCACACCAGUUACCAAUGGAUUUGGCCACGUGCCCCCUUUGUACCAGGCUCGUUUUAUUCCCGUGUAAAGGGCAGACUCUAUACUCCCAAUUUGCAUCUUCUCUUCUUUGAGGGUAUUGUUCAUUUCAUUCCUAGUACUGUGGUUGCUUUCUCUCACAUUUCCCCAUUCCCUUGAGAUCCAGUGAACAGCAAACCUCAUUAAACAGAGUUCUCUGAGUCAGUACAUUGUUCAACCCUUUUGUCCCCUGUAUUUUGUGACACUCCCAUGCAAUACUUACGUAGUAAGUGCUAAUACUUAUAUGAUUCAGUUACUACUAAUACUAUGUUUUUACUGUAAAACAGCAAAAUCCUUAGAAUAUGACAAUUCAGAGCCAUCUGUCCUCUGCAUGUGCUGAAUAAAAACUAAUUUCUAGGACAUUUCUCAGACUCUCUUUCUUAUGGGCAUAAUGCAAGGAAGAAGUAAAGAAAACAGUCUCCAGAGGCCAUAUUUGCUCUCAUAAAGAUUUAUACCUAAAGGGACCAAGAAGAAUAGGGCAGAAAUGCUUUAUUGACUGUUACUGGACAUUUGGACUUGGACAAGAGAAACUGUAUCCAAGAACAGUGUUAGAUACUGGGAAUAAUUCAGAGUAUCAGUCAUAGUGAGAGUGAAUAUUAGUUAUUAGAGUUAAUGCCCCUGCUUUGGUGUUUACUGUGAACACAAAGUAGGAAUAGUGAAUAUUGUUUUUGCUUUCUGUUUCCAACUUAAGAGUUAAACAGUAAUUAAUGUGUCUGUCUUGUCAAUUCAAAGUUCUACAUGUUUGACUAAGGAGAUGGUUCAAUUGAUAAAGUGUUUUCUGUGGAAGCAGGAGGAAUCAAAUUUGAUACCCAGAACCUAUGUUAAAAAAGGCAGGGCUUGCUUCUCUGGAGCUGUGGGUUGUAGUCUGGUUAUCUUUUACUUUACAUCUAGUAUCCUCCUAUGAGUGAGUACAUACCAUGUUUGUCCUUCUGAG